CCGAUCCAUCCGAACGUCUCCUCAGCCCGCCAAACGACUCUGAGCUUCCCCUCUCUUCCGGCUCUGUUGCGCAUUCUUGUCGUCUCCUCCGCAAUCAUGGCCGUCAAUGUCAAUGCCAGCUUCGUCUCGCCCACGGCCGAUGCCAAGGUUGCCCACCACAUGGUGCAAUUGGAUCCCAGCGGCCUCCUGGCCACCCUCCUGAACGGCCUCAGCACCUCCACUGUCCUGCUGACCCUUCUCUUGAUGUGCGUGGCCUACGAUCAGUUCAAGUACAUCUGGAAUAAGGGAUCCAUCGUGGGCCCUGCCUGGAAAACCCCCUUCAUCGGUCCCUUUCUCGACUCUGUAAACCCGAAAUUCUCAAAGUACCACGAGAAAUGGCUUUCGGGUCCACUGAGCUGCGUCUCCGUCUUCCACAAGUUCGUUGUCAUUGCUUCUACCCGCGAUAUGGCUCGGAAGGUUUUCAACUCGCCCACCUUUGUGAAACCAUGUGUUGUGGAUGCCGCCUAUAAGCUGCUUCGCCCGCAGAACUGGGUUUUCCUUGAUGGAAAGCCCCAUGUCGACUAUCGCAAGGGUCUGAAUGGUCUCUUCACCCGUCAGGCCAUUGGCCAGUAUCUGCCCGGGCUCGAGGAGGUCUAUAACGACUACUUCAAGCGUUUCGUGCACAAGUCCCAGGUGGAAAUGGGCGGCAAGGCCAUGCCUUUCAUGCCCGAGUUCCGCGAAAUGUUGACCGCCAUCAGCUGCCGUACCUUUGUCGGCCACUACAUGUCCGACGAGACCAUCAAGAAGAUCGCCGACGAUUACUAUCUCAUCACUGCUGCGCUGGAGCUCGUCAAUUUCCCCAUUAUCCUCCCCUUCACAAAGAGUUGGUACGGGAAGAAGGCUGCCGAUAUGGUUUUGGCUGAAUUCGCAAAGUGUGCGGCAAAGAGCAAAGUUCGAAUGGCCGCCGGAGGAAACAAAGAGUGCAUCCUGGACUUCUGGGUUGCGCAGAUGCAGGAGUCCGAAGCCUACCGCCAAAAGGUCGCGUCUGGCGUCCAGGUCGACGACGCCGAGAAACCCACCAUGCUCAUCCGCGACUUUAGCGACUUUGAGAUCUCCAUGACUCUGUUCACCUUUCUGUUCGCCAGUCAGGACGCUACUUCUUCGGCUGCCACUUGGUUGUUCCAGAUCAUGGCAGACAGACCCGAGUACCUGGACAAGGUCCGCGAGGAGAACCUCGCCAUCCGGAACGGCGAUCGGCAUGCGCCCAUCACCCUCGACCAGAUUGAGAGCAUGCCUUGGACGCGCGCGGUGGUCAAAGAGGUUCUCCGGUACCGCCCUCCCGUGAUCAUGGUGCCGUAUAUCGCUAAGAAAGAUUUCCCCAUCACCGACACUUAUACCGUUCCCAAGGGCGCCAUGGUUGUUCCCACCACGUAUCUUGCGCUCCAUGACAAGGAAGCUUAUCCCGAUCCCGACUCAUAUGUCCCUGAACGCUGGAUCACGGGCGAUGCCGACAAGCAGACCAAGAAUUGGCUCGUGUUCGGUGUGGGUCCGCACGUCUGCCUUGGCCAGGUAUACGCGCAGGCGAACCUUAUGCUCAUGAUCGGCAAGGCCAGCAUGUUGCUCGACUGGAAGCAUGAGGUUACUCCCUUGAGCGAAGAGAUCAAGGUGUUUGCCACGAUUUUCCCCCAGGACGAUUGCCUGCUGACCUUCUCCAACCGGCCAGCCUAAGCUGUCUCGUUGCCCAUUCGCUGUUUGAUAUACAUUCCAGAGGCACUCCGACCCUCGGGUACAGAAUUUAGAUUUACAAGCCUUGCAUUUUCGGUUCUUAUUGGGAGCCGUGGCCUCCAUGCCCUCGCCUCCAUUCCAGCUUCUUUGACAUUAUGAUUGAGCAUAAGUUGCUAAUGGCGUUCGUUGGCGGACAAGGGGCGAAAGGAUCAUGAGCAUCGGAAAUAAUAGUGUUUAAUUGUAUAUAAGGCUGGCAGGGGAUCUGGAUAUGGCAACGUCGAGGACAAGUUUACUUGUCGUAAUGGUAGCUGAAAUGUAGCUCUCUCAUAAGGAACC